AUGGAUCUAGCCAGGCAUCCAACCGCCAAUUCCACCCACCAAGGCCACGAAGACCGCAGUUCGAGCUCCUUUGAGAAAAGAGAUGGGUACGCUGGCGACGCAAAUGAAAGCAUGGAGGGAAUAGAAAAAGAAGAGCAGGAAAUAGCGGAUAGAGCCCGCGCGCAGAGCAGACGAUCCCAAGAUGGCCGCAGCUUGAAGACGAUUCAAUCGCAUCACUCGCGAGCCGGUGGUGACGGCUACACGUGUUUUGACCCAGAAGCAACAAGUGCGCCAGGACCGACGACAAAGACAACGGCGGCGGGAGCGAAAUCUGGUGCUGUGACUGAACAGCCGUAUCUAGUGUCCUGGGACGGCGAUGCUGAUCCUGAGAAUCCGCGGAGCAUGGGGAAACUGCGGCGCUGGGCUAUCGUUGUUAUUUGCUCUGCGAGUUCGCUUUGCGUGCAGCUGAAACCGGAAUUUGGGGCUUCGCGCUUGGUAUCCACGCUCGGGCUGUCCUUGUUCGUUGCGGGACUGGGUACUGGGCCAAUGAUUCUGAGUCCCCUUUCUGAGUUCUUCGGGAGAAGACCCAUCUACAUCUGCUCCUUCUCCUUCUUCCUCAUCUGGAUGAUUCCGUGCGCGGUAGCUCAAAACAUCCAGACGAUGCUUGUAGCCCGAUUCCUAGAUGGACUUGCUGGCUCCGCAUUUCUCAGUGUGGCCGGAGGAACGGUGGGCGACAUGUUUGCGAAACACGAACUAUCGGCACCGAUGAUGCUAUACACUGCAAGCCCAUUUGUGGGUCCGGAAAUAGGACCACUGGUUGGGGGCUUCAUUGUUGAGAACACUACUUGGAGAUGGUGUUUCUACUUGCUCAUCAUUUGGUCGGGAAUUCAGCUUUGCCUCAUUAUUCUAUUCGUACCUGAGACGUAUCAUCCCGUUCUUCUCCGCCGCAAGGCCAUACGACUACGUAAGGAGACUGGCAAUCAGGAAUGGAUAGCGCCAAUCGAGAAAAUGGAUCGAUCCAUUACCAAAACCGUCAUGUGGUCGUGCAUCAGGCCGUUUCAACUUUUGUUUUUUGAGCCCAUGUGCCUGAACCUGUGUAUCCUGUCGGCCAUUUUGCUGGGUAUCCUGUACCUGUUUUUUGGCGCCUUUCCGCUCGUGUUUGGAAGUAAUCACGGGUUCAGCCUCUCAGAGACUGGGAUUGCGUUCUUGGGCUUGCUAGUGGGCAUGGUGGCUGGUGUUUCGUCUGACCCCAUCUGGAGGAGGGUAUACGGUCGGCUUGUGCGACAGCGUGAGGAGCAAGGAGGGCCGCCCGGCGGCUCCGAACCGGAGUUUCGGCUCCCGUCGACGAUUGUAGGCGCCUGGGUAGUUCCUAUUGCACUGUUUGGGUGGCGGGUACAGAGUGUUGACGUCGGCGAACAGUACCCUGUAUAUGCUGCAUCUGCUCUUGCUGCCAACAGCUUUGCGCGGUCGUACUUUGCUGCAGCCUUCCCGCUAUUUGGUGUUCAGAUGUACAACAAUCUCGGUUACCAGUGGGCGACGACUGUGCUCGCGUUCCUGGCUCUAGCAAUGGCACCGUAA